AUGCUAGGAGAGGUGAAAGAAGCUGUGAAAAAGACCAGAGCUGCUUCAGCGCCAGGACCCAAUGCCAUCCCGUACAAAGUGUACAAGAUGUGCCCACUACUUCUCAGGCGUCUAUGGAGGCUUCUUGAAGUAGUAUGGAGGAAAGGGUAUGUACCAGAGGCUUGGAAGGAGGCAGAGGGGAUAUUUACACCAAAGGAACGCAAUUCCAAGACGGUCAACCAGUUCCGAACGAUCUCGUUGCUCAACGUCCAGGGGAAAAUAUUCUUCGCCAUCCUUGCAAGAAGACUUACAUCUUUCCUGACAGCCUUCCGACACUACCAUGUGGACGGCCACAUACAGAAAAUCAUCACCAGUUACCUGGAUGGGAUCAGGCUCCGGUUUACUGUUGGUGACCAGCUAACCAGAUGGCAGAGGUUGAAGAAAGGAAUCGUUACUGGCUGCACAGUUUCCGUGGUGCUUCUCAUCAUGGGGAUGAACCUGCUGAUAAAUGCUGCCCAACGAGAGACACUGACGAGGCCAAUAAAAUGCCUGGGCAAGUUGUUUGAUGCAAGCCUACAAGAUCGCGACAAUGUCAAGAAGUUAGAGGAACAGGUAGAGGAGGGUCUCAAGAAGAUAGACCGCUGCGGACUACACGGCAAGUUCAAAGCUUGGCUAUACCAGCACGCACUGCUCCCAAGACUUAUCUGGCCGUUGGUGCUUUACGAGGUACCCAUCACAACAGUGGAAGCCCUGGAGAGAAGCACUAGUCGACACCUCAGGAAGUGGCUAGGAGUUCCACCCAGCUUUACCAGUAUUGGACUCUACGGGAAGAGCAACAAGUUACAGCUCCUGCUAUCUUCGCUGGUAGAAGAGUUCAAGACAGCAAAAGCAAGACUUGUGUUGACCUUGAGGGACUCUCCGGAUGAGCUCAUCCCGACAGAGUCUGUGAGCCAGGCAGAGAACGAGCUCAAGCACAAAGACAUUGUUGGAGUGACUGCUGUUGGACGUGAUGGAAUUGGUGCGAGAAAGGUGGUACUGUGGAGCCGAUCAGACCAGAAAGAGAGGCGUGCAAUGAUUCAGUCUGAGGUCAGGAGAGCCAGACAAGCAAGGGCUGUAGAAAUGGGAGCGCAGGGAGCAUGUACCACGUGGGAAACCGCAGACGGGAAGUUGACCUGGGGAGACAUCUGGAAGUAUGAGCCUUUUCGGUUUUCCUUUCUUCUCAGGUCUAUCUAUGACCUACUUCCAUCCCCAGCGAACUUGUGCCGAUGGGGACUCACAGAAGAUCCAAAAUGCAGCCUGUGUGACAGAGUAGGCACCCUAGAGCAUGUUCUGUCAUCUUUUACUACAGCACUGACACAGGGAAGAUAUAGAUGUAGGCAUGAUUUGGUCCUCAGAGAGUUGGCUGACUGGCUAGAGAAGGAACGGAAGAAGGAACGUGGUAAUUACCCCCGCCAUGGGCACAUCGCUUUCGUCAAAUCUGGUGAGGCCAUGAAGACAAAUAAACCAACAAAAGCAUCAAUUCCUGAUGGCACGAGAGACUGGAAGAUGGAAGUUGACCUUGGUAGAAGGCUUGUUUUCCCAAACGUGGUUCAGACGACCCUUCGACCAGAUAUUGUACUGUGGUCAGAGACAGGAAAGAAGCUCUUCACCAUAGAGCUGACAGUACCAUGGGAGGCAAGAUGUGAAGAGGCCUACGAGCGGAAGAAGGCAAAGUACACAGAACUCAUGGAUCUGUGCAAGCAACAAGGCUGGCGUACUUGGAUAUUUCCCGUGGAAGUUGGCGUUAGAGGGUUCUGUUCCCAGUCCGUGCACAGGCUGAUGACAGCAGUAUGA